UGUAUGCGCUUGAUCUUUUUCUUCAGUGUAGAGUCACCGGUGCUCGUGUCAGCAAAAUGUUCGCCGUCCUUGUAACGUUCGCGGUUCUGGCGCCGACGGCCCUGGCAGGUCGUGACGCCGCGCCCAUGGUCCAGGUGGCGGAAGGGCGUGUGUCGGGCGUGACGGAGACCUCCACGAAGGGCAGGGCCUUCCACUCCUACUACGGCGUCCCCUUCGCCAAGCCUCCUGUGGGAAGACUAAGGCUUAAGGACCCGUUGAAGGCAGAAGGGUGGGAGGGCGUGAGGGACGGGUCCAGGAUGCCCUCGCCUUGCCUGCUCGUGCCCUUGGCUUAUGCUGCCAUGGGGGUGACUUUGGCCCCGGAAGACCUGCGUGGGAGCGAGGACUGCUUGUACCUCAACAUCUUCACGCCGAAGAUGGAGACCUCAAAGAAACUCCCUGUGAUGGUGUGGAUCCACGGGGGAGCUUACCUGGCGGGGGGCGCUCACGAGUACCUGCCUCACGUCCUCAUGAACCACGACAUUGUGCUCGUAGUUUUACAAUAUAGAGUCGGUAUCAUGGGAUUCCUGUCCACAGAGGAUAAAGUGAUUCCAGGGAACUUCGGGCUGAAGGACCAGACCCUCGCCCUCCGCUGGGUGCAGGACAACAUCCACACCUUUGGAGGAGACGCCAACAGGGUCACCAUCUUCGGGGAGAGUGCUGGGGGCGCCUCUGUACAUUAUCACAUAUUGUCACCCAAAUCUAAAGGUCUCUUCUCUCGUGCCAUCAUGCAGUCAGGGUCGGCCUUAGCGCCAUGGGCAUGCCACGAGCAACACAGACAUGUGGCGGAGGAAGUUAGCAAAGCUGUUGGCUGCUCCAAAGCCUUCGGUCACAAAGAUAUUCUUGACUGUCUCCAGAAGGUAGAUGGUCGCAGGCUGGCCGCAAGGUUCCAAGAUUUCAUGGAAUGGUUCAUCUUGCCUUCAGUUGCUUUGCCUCUUGUUGAUGGGGACUUUAUACCGGAUCACCCCGCGCGUCUGAUGUAUGACGGAGACUUCAACCAAGUGGACCUCAUGGCUGGAAUCACAAGAGAUGAAGGCGCUCUAGUAACAAAUCCAAUGCUAGCUCGAAAGGACCUCUUCCCUGCCUUACAAAACAACUUUUCCGUCUUCGGCCCAGUUAGCCUCAUGGUCGGGCCUGAAGUUGGAGAUGCUGUUGCCUUUAGCACCAAGGUCUACCAACGCUACCUUGGCAACUCAACUAUCGAUCAUGACCACAUAAAAGAGCUCACCAAGAUGAACACAGACUACAGUUUUGCUGUACCGCAUGACCUGACGACUCUCUACCACGCUCGGGUCCCAGGUCUUGCUACUUACCGCUACGAGCUCAAGCACCGAUCCCAGCUGUCAAUGGGAGAUUUCUUCAACACUGACAUAGGGCGUCACUGGAUUCCUCAUGGGGACGACCUGUACUACCUGUUCGCCGGCGGGCCGCUCCUCAAGCCCAGCCGCCUGCCCGACCGCCUGCCCGACCUGCAGAGCCAAGACGACCUCCGCCUCAGGGACAUCGUCACGACCAUGUGGACGAACUUCGCUGCCACGGGCAACCCCACCCCCGACGACGCCCUGGGCUUCAAGUGGGAAGCGGCGAUCGAGGACGACCUCCGCUACCUCGCCCUCACGCCCUCGCCCGCCAUGGAGGCCGACCAGCGACAGGAGGUGCGUGAUUUUUAUGCUUCUCUGCCAACGAAGAUGAAUCAAAUUUUCUAUGCUGAUCGUGGCAUCUCCAAGGAAGAAAUUUUGCGUCGCUCAUGUCAGGAAGAACUGUAAAUCCAUUUUUAACUGCCACGUGCAAUGCAUCAUGCCAUUGUAAUUAUUGUAACGCUACAGUGCGUUUCUCAUUUUGCAGUGUAAGUUAUCUUUGUAUUAUAUCUUGCAAAUGGUUUGUAAGUCUGUGUGCUGGUAACUGAUCUCUCUUUCUUUCUCUCUCUCUCUCUCUCUCUCUCUCUCUCUCUCUCUCUCUCUCUCUCUCUCUCUCUCUCUCUCUCUCUCUCUCUACAUAUAUAUAUAUAUAUAUCUGUAUGUCUGCCUGUCUGUCUGUCAAUCUAUCUAUUUAUCCUUAUCUACCUAUCUAUCUAUCUAUCUAUCUGUCUAUACACCAUUCUCCAGGAGGAGGUGGGGCUCUAGCACUCCAGUUCUGCCUCCACACACCAACUGAAUCACCAGCGCGUGGUUUUCCUAAUUAAACUCAUACCAUUUUCUUUCACCUUUUUUAGAUUAAUUGUUGUAUUUAUUGGUUCUACUUUUCCCACUUUUUUAAAUCAUGUAUUUGAUUUUCAAUAGAAUUCGUUUUGCUUCCCAAGGGCCACGGGGGAAGGCAACCUCCUUUUCUCUGUUUCUUUUUUUUAAUUCUCUCUAUCUCGCUCCAUCUAUCUGUAGCCCUCUCUCUCUCCCUCUCACUCUCUCUCUCACUCUCACUCUCACUCUCACUAUCUCUCUCACUCUCACUUUCACUCUCACUCUCACUCUCACUCUCACUCUCUCUCUAGGUUUUCUGGAUUUGUUAAAGGUUUAAAUUUCAGUGUUCUAUCCUCGUGUCCCCACUCUGAGGAAGCUUUAUCUGUUACUUAACCCAUUUCAAGAGUUAGUCGAGGAGUAAAAUGUAUUCUGUUUUGAUUCUGUUUUGCUAUUUAUGCAUUAAAGAUCUGCACGUCAGACGUCUCUGCAUCUCCAGGGAAUGGAACAAAUAAAAAUAUCAG